UGGCUAUAUGGGGGUGUCGGGUGUACUUUCUCAUCUCACCACACGAAGCUAUGUCAUAGAGCUAUAUGAUAAGAGCUAUAUCAUAUCGCAAGGUGGCUGCUUGAUUUUGUCCAAUUUCACAAUAAUUUUCUCUGGAUAAGUCGGUACAACAACAGACUCUUCUUCCUGAGUCAUGAUGUGCCAACUUUAGACGUUGACGGCUGAACCAAACAGGUUUCUCAAUCUCGUUUAAAAUGGCUAGUAAAUCGUCUGCAGUGACCGCAACAUUCCUGCACUCAUUGUUCAUGCAAAGUCUAUUGUUUUCUUUUGUAAGAAGUGAUGAAGCUGCUUGUGCCAACUACUGUCCACCAGUGGGUUUUGUGGAUGGAUGGGAAACUACAUGCCACCUACAACAGUCAACCGCCAACUGUGUAGACUCAGAGGUCGGGGAUGUACCGUCUGCUCCAAGCAAGCUCAUAGUUAAUGAUUUUGUUUAUGAAACCCAAGGCACCAGGUUACUUGCUUUGAAUAUCACUUGGGUGCUUCCUGUUACUGGGAAUUUCACUGGACUUGAAGGUUUCUACGUAUACGUCAUGAAAACAAACUAUCCAGUUGGCUACUCUGAAUGCAAUGGAAUCCGUUUUGAUCGUCCGCUCACAAUGUCAACAUCCUUUGAAUCUGAGAUUCUAUUCCAGUUUUCCUGUUUGCGGAACAUUAAAAUGGACAGCCAUUACAGUAUUGAGAUAACAUCAAUUGGGUCAAAACAAUCCAAUAAACGAGAUGAUUAUCACACAUCAAGUAAGUAGGCCUUUUUAUAGUCCCCUAAUUUGUCUGCUUACUGUAGAUUUAGUAAUUUAUGGAGAUUGAAUCCUCAUCUGUUGAUAUGAAGAAAGGGGGUCAUCUCAAAAGGUGUUGAAAUUAUGACACAAAAUGUCAAAUUUCCGAUAUGACCAGUGUAGUAUCUUGCCUAUCAGAAUGGGCCUUGAGUGUCAACUCGUUUAUUCACGUCAUCCGACGUGAAGGUGUUAUAAGGAAGGACAUGUAGCAUUAACUAUAAAUAUUAAUGUGUAAAGC